AUGGUAAUCUGCUCCACAGAUAUGAAAAUGGUCCUCCUGCAGCCAGCAGAAUAUUGCAAAGACACUCUUGCCCUGCAGCUCUUCAUUCUGAUGCAAAUGGGAGGCAGCCUUGCAGGUUCAAAGAGGGGGAGGGGAACCAGGGGAAAUGCAACUGAGGGAAUUCUUUGUGAGGCCUGACGUAAAUCUCAAAUGUUCUCAGGGCUGAAAACAAAACAGCAUGAGUGCUUGCACCGGUCACUGAGGCCUCUUCAAUAGACGCACCUUCAGCCACACAAAGGCGUCGAGGCCUUUUACACCAAACUUCCCAACAUUCCCCCCUCCUCGUGCUGGUCCCCAAAUCUACACUGUCAAAAGCUGCUGCAGCCGAGGCGAGCCCACUCCCGAUGAAGCCCGAGGUUGUGUUAUUAAACUUUUUUGAUGGGUUGAAGAAGAGAGUCCUUCUGUCGGUCUCAGAGGACUGACGGCCACUGGGAGCUCCCUGGUUGGCUCCUCUGAGUGUAUGGAGCCAGUGUACAUGGUGGCAUGUGGCUGGGAUUAGGAAAUUUCACUGUGGAUUAAAAUCUUUCCAACGCCUCCAUGGCCACUCGCUGAAAGAAAGGAGUCUGAAGGUCCUGCAGAGAUCCAGUGAGCACUUUGGGCCCAUGGUCUCACGGAGCAGCUCCAGGAUGUUCCAGCUGCUCCAGGGUCACAACCAGCCAGCUGGACAACGAAACCACAGAACCCGCCUGGUCACCAAAGACGGGCACUGCAACAUCGAGUUCGGGAACAUCGAGUACAGUAACCAGUUUGCGUACCUGGUAGACUUCUGGACCACCUUUGUGGAGAUCCGCUGGCGGUUUGUUCUCCUUUUGUUUGUGGCUGUGUUCACAGGCAGCUGGUUCAUUUUCAGCCUGCUGUGGUACUGGAUUGCAAAGAGCAACGGGGAUAUGGCUGGACAGAACCGCACAGAAGGACACAUCCAGUGUAUAGACAACGUUAACGGGCUCACAACGGCAUUCCUGUACUCGUUAGAGACCCAGACCACCAUUGGGUAUGGAGGCAGGGCACUGACUGGCCACUGUGCUGGCACUGUGGCUCUAAUUGUCAUCCAGUCUCUAGUUGGGGUCUUCAUCAACUGUUUCAUGUGUGGUAUCAUCCUAGCUAAAAUCUCCUUACCAAAGAAAAGGGCAAAGACUGUGACCUUCAGCCACACAGCUGUCAUCUGCUUGAAGAAAGGAAGUCUGUGUCUCCUGAUCAGAGUGGCCAACCUUCGAAAGACCUUACUAAUCGGAAGCCAGAUCUAUGGGAAGUUGCUGAGGACAACGACCACAGCGGAUGGCGAGACCAUCAUCCUGGACCAGGUGGAUAUUGACUUCAUGGUUGAUGCUGGCAAAGAUAACUUGUUUUUUGUUUGCCCCUUGACCCUGUACCAUGUGAUUAACAGAUCGAGUCCUUUCUUUGAUCUGUCGGCUGACACCCUUCCUCAGCAGGACUUUGAAUUGGUGGUCUUUUUGGAUGGGACAGCGGAGUCCACCAGCUCCUCCUGUCAGGUCCGAACUUCCUACAUCCCACAGGAGAUCCAGUGGGGAUACAGCUUUCUGCCCAUUAUCUCCCGCACCAAGACAGGAAAGUACCAUGUGGAUUUUUCCAACUUUUCCAAGAGCGUCCGGGUCACCACUCCACACUGCGUCCACUGCUUUGAGGCCGACGUAGACCAGAGAAACCACAACAAUCACAGCCAAGAAAAUCACAAUAACCAGCUAAAGAGGGGGAUUGAUAACCCGGGCUUUCAGGUGAUUGACAUACAUGACUCCGUGGACGUCACUACAAUGUGAGCUGGUAGAAAAGGACCUUACGCUUUCAUUGAAACUGUGAAUCAGGAUGUGGGAAGUAAAGUGUGAAAAAUUGGCGCCUAUCACUUCCUUUGAAGCAGUUUCACUCUAAGUCAGACUGCACCAGCGAAGAAAUAUUUGGUCAUGGUGAACCAUUCAGCAUCUGAAUUGUUGUCAGCUCUUUUGCCUUAAACAGAACGAACAUCCACAGCUGUUAAACUGUUUGAAAAAAAAAUCAGACAGAGUGGGAGUUGCUCAUUGCAAUAAAACCUCCGUUGGGACUUCGAAUAGGUAACGUCAGAAAGAUGGAUUGUAGCUCUGACGCACAGAAAAUGAAAGGGGGUAAAAGAGCGGAUGCACAGUGGGUACUUCUUGAGAAGAUUAGGACCUGAGCCUGUUAUAAUGAAAAGUGUGUGCCUUAAAGGCUGCAGGAGGAAAUAAAAGGUAGUGCCUUUUGAGUUUGCAUAUUAUUUCUAUUACAACACUAACUCUGUGGUGUUUUUUGUCAUUUUGACAGAUCCUGUAUGCCUGAAUAAUUAGGAAACUGGGAUUUUAACUGUGACCAGUCUACAUUUUGUAGAUCAUGCUCUGUAACGCUGUACGCUAACUUCUCAGGGAAAGUAACAUCCUUAGUUGGAAUAAAAGCUUUUUCACAAUUCACUGACUUACAUUUGAUUUUAUUGCACAAUUUUUACUUUACACAUUGAAUAUUUCAUCAGAAUGUGCUAUAAACAGAACUGAAAUAUACCACAAGGAUGUAGAUAAUAUAACUUCAAAUUGACUGAUUUAUGCAAAAUGGGUGUAUCAUGUAGUAGAUGCAUUGUGCAGUACUGUGCAGUACUGUGCAUGCAGAGAUAGGACAACCCUUAGUAGUUUGGGAGCUGGUGAUCGGACUCCCAGGACCUUUGGCCCUGAGUGCCACCCAAUCCACAGUUGAAAGAGGCUCCUAUGAGUGACAGGUCCACAGGACAAGCAAGCUAAAGUAGUUCUGGUGCCCGACUGGGGUGUCUCCUAUGUGAGGUCUUUCAUACAGCCAGGAGGAGGCCUCCUGGGCAGACCCAGGACAUGCUGGAAAGGUCUUGGCUGGCUCUGGAACACCUCAGUGUCCCCCGAGAAGAGCGUAGACCGCUUCCCCCUCCAAAACCCAUAUAAGUGCCAGAAACUGGAUGGAUAUAGGAUGUCUACCAGUUGCUGACAAAAAUAACGUUUUUUUGUAUUACAACAGCUUUUUGAUAGUGAUUCUACAUUAGUGCAUUUUUACCUUUGCUUGAGUAUAAAGGAUUAUUUCCAAGAUUUCAUGAAACCAAAAUGAAAUGUAGAACAUAAGAGGAGAUGAGGACUCAUCCUGAUGACUUUGUAUAAGAUGUUCGUCACACAAUCAUGUUCUCCUAAAUUGAUGUCUGUUUUCAACAAUACAUAAAGAUGCCAGAAAAGCUGAGACAGCUGGCCAAACCACCAAAGAAGAUCAGACCACGGCUAGGAUCAGUGCCAUCUUACAUUACAAAGAAUUCAUUCAGCAAUAAAGACGUUUUUUUGUUGUUUUUUUUCUCUCCCAACUGUCCCAGUUCUGCCAGGAGUCUCUCUUUCAUAUUCUCAGGGAUGUUUGAAAAGGUUCAUCCAACAAACUUUUGAUGUUCACACUUUUCCCCAAUGCCCCACAGUGUACUGAUGGCAGAAGACAGAACCGACAAAACAACAUCUGAUAACAUUCAUCCACCGUUUCGGGGUGGAUUGAUGGACCUUGUUAUGGCAGGACCGCGUCUCUGCAGGUGUUCCAGCAGCAAGGCAGGCUGUUCAUUUAAGACCGGCAUUCGACAUUUUUGUCAGUGAGGAAGUGAGAGACUUCUGAAAUGGCUUUCAUCCCAUUUGGAUUUACAGCGGCAAGUUUACUGGGCUUCAUCUGCAUAACAAUGAGCAGAACUGCUGAAAGAGAUCGGCACAGUGAGUCUGAAGCAGCUGAAUAGAAAAAAUUAAGUAGACAGAGAUGAGAGAGCUGAGUGGAAGGUGCAGAAGCUUUUGUUAAUCUGGUAGAGGCCUGAUUCGUUUAUAACGACGCACUUUAUCCCCCAGUGCCAUGGAGAUGGAAUAAUUACACAAAAGCACUGCUUUCCUUGGUUACUGUUGCUAUGUUUGUCUAAUUUUUAUUUAGAGGAUGUUGUUUUAAAGUUCUGGUCACACAACUUUGAAGUUCUAGAACUUCUGAGACCUACAUAAGGCUUUAAGACCAGACCUGGGUAUUGUACGGCUACAUCCUGCCCUUUGGUUGUCCCUGACCGUUCUGGUAUUGAUGAAGUUUAAAAAAUCCAGACACAGAUACUCUCUCUGUGAUUAUCACUUGUCCACAGUCCUUCAUAUCAGACACUGAACCUGACUUUAAUGCACUUGUUCAAGGCCAAAUAGGCUACAUUUCUCUAACUGAACAAGAUAAAAGAACUGAAGACCUGCAGAAGCAAUGAAACUACAGACAAAAUAGCAACAGCACGUUGUAUAAAGUUAAAAGUCUAUUAAAAUGUGCAAAACGUGGACACUUUUUUCGCAAUUGUUGAUUAAAUAGUGAUAAAAUUUUGGCAUUUUUAACAAUGCCUGUUUCACAUUUUCAUUGCCUAAUUGUAACAUUUAUUCUUACCAGUCUCAUCUCAUUGGCGCCGUCCUCCACAACAGUCCCAGUUCCUACAGACUUAGGAAGUCAUGCAAAGACAUUCAUGUAACCUGUAAAAUCACAAAGUUAUGUAACACAAAAUGCUAAUGUUAUCAGUGGGCUGUUAGCUUGUUAGCAUCAGCUUAACAUACAUUUGGCUAACUGUUGCUGGAGUAGGAGGGUGGAUUUAAAAAUAUAAUUAGGAAGUUAAAUAAUUUCAUUAUAUAUUUUCUCAUUAAUCUUUGGUUUUGAAAAUGAUGUAUAAGAAUUAAGAACAUGCAGCUGUUCCCAAGAGUACUUUAAUGCCUAAUUAUUUUUCUCAGGUCAUAUUUAUACAGUAGGAGGCCGGGCUUAACUGAUUUCAGACUAGUAAGAAAAAAUGCAUUGUGAAAGCAAUGAGGUUAUAAAAUCUUUAUAUAGGGAUUUUCUCAAGAAAAUGACAUGAAAAUUUAAUACCAGAAUGUAGCCUUUAAAAAAGUGGGAGGUCAAUGUUGAGCUCUAUGGAAAUCUAUGGGAAAACAUUUUUAAAUAACCUUUUUUCUAUUCAUUUGAUAAAUUAUGGUCUUAUUUAGUGUGUGGGUCGUUAUUUUAGUGGUUAACACAUGCACCUAAUAUUCUGAAAGUACGGUGGUGAUGUUAUUUAUAUGAAUUAUCACAAAUUUACAUUCAAGACUGGCUACAAUGUGGAGAAUUAUUGUGCAUUUCUACAACCAUAAGUAAUGCUUGGUUUAUUCAUCUUUUGUCCUGAUUUAUUUCUUUUAAAAUUAUUUUUCUAAUUAUGCUAUAAAUUUGCUGUGAUGCAAAACAAUGGAUCUAAUAUUCCACCAUCAAUCUGGAUUCUGUUAGCACACAGGAAUUUAAUGUUCUGACUGUAGUCAAUGAAGCACAACAAAAGAAAUUCAAGAAACUGUAAUUAAAAAGUAAUAAAGUGAAGGACAGAUUCACUCCGAAUGUUAAAUGUAUUUUAUUUUCAACUCCUCUGGAUUCAUGUGGGAAGCAAAUGGAAUUCAUUUCACAUGUAAACAUGUCGUUUAAGGUCACUUGGAUGUUGGACUGUUGGCAGGAAACACACUGUAGCAACAAGAGAUGUCAUCCCACUGAAAUUCUUCAAUAGUAUGUCAGCACGAUCGUAUUAGUAGAUUUCUUAUGUAAAGCUCAGCAUGCACAAGAACUUUCCCAGCAGCCUUUAUUUCACUGGAUGAAAUGAAAAGGAAAAAAAGUAGGUCGGGAGGAAAUAUGGAUGGCUGAACCUUUACUAAAGAACAUUUGGUUAUUUAAUUAUGUUUAAAACAACAGAAGCCUCAUAAUUAAACUGUUUAAGUCAAGAUAAUCCACAUUUGGACAGUCACGAUACUGAUUUGAUAAAAAGGCUCAGCAUUCAUGUUAAACUCAGAAAUCUGAUUUCCAACCAUGUUUGGAAGCUUUUUUAAAAAAAUAAUUAAUGAAUACGUUGACUUGUGUAUUAAUUUCUGUUGUACUUCCACUGAUUGAGAGACUCUCAUAUGGUCACUAAAUACAGCCCAUAAACAGUAAAGAGACUAGGAAGUCCCAUCAUCUGAUGCUUUUGGACUGUGGGAGGAAACAGAAUGAGCGACUUGCACUCAGACUCCUUAGUCAGCCUACUCGCUAUGUGAUCAGUGCCAACCACUGAGUAAGUGUGCUUCCUUUUAAUUAACUAUUUAAGAACUAAUUAAUUAGUGAAGCUGAUGGAGCUGCCUUUCAUUUAGGACCUAUUUCUGCGCUUUAAUUACAGCUGUGAUUUAAUUUCGCCACCUUCAGUUUCCAACAAAACUGAGAGCAGAGCUGCAUGUUCAUAAUUUGAAACUAUCUGUUGGCUCUCCUGAAAAACAUUGUCAGUGAAGUUUUUAUUUCAUCACCUAUUACUAUAGAGGGCCAGAAGAGUCACACCUCAUCCUCCAUACAGGACCUUUUGUUUGUAAAAUGUAAAAGAAUGCACUAAGAAAUUAAUCAGUUUCGUGGGAAGCUGUAUCUUUGAAAAAUUACUAUACAAUACAUUUGGAUUGGUACUGAAAUAUGCCACACAGACGGACAAAUUGGACAUCCUUGUGGCAUCUGGAUUAUUGGCAUUGCCAGCAUGGCUUACAGCACCUUUAAUCCAUUUAAACUCAUAUUUAAAACAAACCAAACAGCUGCAAAAGGGGAACCCCCACAGCUUUAGUAACACAUCGCACACAAACAGUCUUUACCUACUCAACCUGUUAUCUAAACCCCACAUCAGGUUUUUCCAUGAUCUUGACACCCAAAGGCAGUGGCAUUUCAUCAGGGCAAGCAAAACAGGCCCUGCUUGCCCUUCCAUACAGCUGCUAUUUGCAUCCUCGUUUGUAUUACUGUCAUCUUGUAGCUAUUGUCCCUGGAAGCCCACACAGUGGGGAUGGAGUGUUUGUGUUUUGUGUGCAUAUAGACCAAAACCUUUUAUUCUGCAAGUUCUUUUUUUGGACGCAACCCCAAGUGGCCAUAAAAGGAACUGCAGUGUUUAAUACUUUGCGGUGGAUUCAUUUUUCAGCCCAUGGUUGGCACACUGCUGGAAUGAAUGGCAGUGUAGGUUAUCUACAUUUAUCAAUUAGUUGUUCAUAGUAACACUGCUAAAAGGCAGACACUUUCCAAGGUAACCAUGGUUACCCAUGCUCACCAUGUUAGUCCACUGUUUCGGUAUGCAAACACAAAGCUAAAGCCAUGGGAAACAUCCACUUUUUUGUCUGCAUUUAAACUUGAUGGUGGUGCUAGAUGAAAGUUAGGAGAUCAAAAGGGGAAUUGAAUCUCUAAACCAGGAGAAAACUUCAUAGUGAACCUUGUGAAGCAGUCAGGGACCACUAAAAUCAGGAUUUCACUUCAGGGGACUUGAAUUUAUGUAUAACUAUUAGCCCCCCCUGCAAGUCAUCAACCUAAUUAUUUCAGUCUGGACCAAAAAUGGUGGAUCAGCCAGCAAACAUACCAAUCCCCAGAGUUAGAGUGGCUAAUGUGCUAAAAAUACUGAUUAAACAAAGUUUAAAUAUGACCUAAGUGACACACUCGCCAAAAAAAGAUGCAGGAGUCAUGAGUGGAGCAGCUGCUUCUGCUUUAGAAGCUGUCCUCGAGGGCUGGUGUGCUAAAUCCAGAUGUGACAACUGCAGUGUAGAGAUUGUGAUAUCUCAGUGUCAGGGGGAGGAAAAUGAUGCACAGAGCUUUUAUGCUAUCAUUCCUAAAAUUAUGCCUUCACCAAACAAAUUCAACAGGGAUGUUGCUCACUGUGUUUCAGCAAAUCAGAUGUUCAGACAGCCUCUCUCAGUCGACCAGCUGUGCUGCCAGCAAAAAUAUUCAUCACAUACAUGUUUCAGCAGCUCCUCAACCGCACAGAGAGGCUGUGUAUGGCCUAAUGUAUUUGAUAUAAAUAAUUUAUGAUGACUUUCCUCAGCUUUGCCCUAAAGAAUGAUUUAAAAGAGAACAAUAAUGCAUCAUUGUUCGGUUUGAGGCAUUAGUUUAUUAGUUUUUUUGCCCGGCAGUUAACAGAAAGAUUUAUGAAUGCCCGUAUUUCCUCUCCCAGGUGGACCAGUGAUAUAAACCGGUGACCUUUCAGUCACACACCUGCUGGCACUAAGAUAGGUGCCUUUAUUCUUUUGAACUAAUGGGGAGCAGAGUCUCUCAUUUUAUAGACUGCCUUCACUACAAAGGAAUUACGCUUAGAUCUUCGUGGUCAUCAGGGCAAGACCGAAACUGCUCAGUGAGGUUAAUUUAGACAGUUUUAAAACAAAACUUAAAAAUUUAGUAGCCGUUUGAUUUGAAGACACUUAACAACACCUGCAAAUGCAGACGGUUAAAGCUUUUCUGAGUCAGUUAUCCAGGUCCUAUUCCAGCAUUCAUGUGCUCCCUCUGGAGGACUUCACCCAGGAAUACAAUGGGUUCAUAUGUGGUUUUGGCUUAUCACACUGGAACAGUUUCAAAAGCAGAAUGUUUAGUCUAACAGGACCCUGUAUGUUGUUCUUGCAUCUAGCUUCCUUCCCGCCUCAGCUGCUCUGGUUGGUAUGACGUGAUUUCCGUAAAAAAAUAACAGACUGAGUCACUAAAACGAGGGCUGAGGGUAAAGCUGCUUCUGAAACAUGGUGUGGUGCAUUUGGUGGAACUGUAAACUUUACGGGCAGUUUAAAUGUUUUUGCAGACCUUGCAAAUUUUUGUAACCUGGUGUCGAAAAAGCACCGAGUGGGAGGUCGUUGCAACUGAUGGAAAGAUCAGAUGCUCUACAGAAAACUUUAAAAAGUUUUCUGGGUUAUGAAACCUGUUGUUUAGAAAAAGAUUUUAAUGAGUCGUACAGGUAUUAAUAGUUAUUCUGCUGUGAGACCAACACACCGCAGCUUGGGUGAGAGAAUCAGCUCUGAGCCUAGUUUAAUCCCGGGAUACAAGCAUUUCUUCUGAGACCAUCCUCCUCCAUUGUACUUCAAGUUCAGGUGUAGAUGUCUUAUCAUCAACCAAAGUAGGUGCCUUAAACCUGCCUUCUUUUUAAUGGCCACUAAGGGGUGACUCCUCUGGUUGCACAAAGACUGGCCUCUACAUAUCUAUUGGGAAAGCAGGCCUCAGCUCUGAACUCUAUAAACAUAGAGUUGGGUCGCUCAUUUUAGGUCAAAAUAAUUAAAACAUUAAGCACAUUUUACAAAAUUUCAGACAUUCUAAUGGGCAUGCUCUUUGGCUAAUGCCUUGGUUUGAAAACUCCAAUAAGGCGACAGCAAAAUUCCUCAUCGGAUGGCUAAAACCUCGGAUCAACUGAUGGGUAAUACCACCGUAGCUAUGUUCAUUUUUUAUACUGUCCAUUAUGGAGAUGUUAAGUGGCUAUGUCAAUAAAUACAUCUAAGAUGAACAAGUGUGAAACCCACUAUCCUGGUAUCUUACAAACCAGGUGCUUUUUAACCUGAACUAUUACCUUGUACUAUUCUAAAACAGGAUGUUUUGGUACCAAACCCUUAAGAGCGAGACAGUGAAACCUGAUGUUUAUAUGGCAUUUCAAACUAAUUGUUUAGUGGGAGAAUCGUUCCUUUCACUUACAGUUUGGCUUUUAUUACCUCAGGACCCCUCAACUGUAGCCACGUGUGGGGUUCUGACCUACAUGUUGGGAACCACUGUCGCUCUACUACUUCCCAGUUGGGUUUUUUGGUUUCGUUUAUUUUUAGUCAUUUUUUGAAUGUUUUUCCUGUUUCCUCUGUGCAGCUCUGAGGUAUACUUGACUUCUCCUGUGUGCUUGUAACCUACUUAACUUUCUGUGAACAACUCAAAGUAAGGACUCACUUCCAACUGUAAGAAACAGUCUGGAUUUCCGCAUCCAUGCAAGAAACUUCUGUUUAACAUAACGUUGAAACGUCACAGCUCCAUCCAUCACGCCGGGGACUGAAACGUUUCCAUCUUUGACAAGCUGCUGCGACUUGAAAGCUUCCAGAGAGGCUGGAAAAUAUCAAAUUGUGUCUUUAGAUCGUUCAGCUCAAUUAUUUUGGGUUGGAAAGUAGCCGUCACAGCACAUUAAAGCCAUGUGGUGUGCAGCACAAAACCUGCUCUGGAGAUUUUACGAAGCAAGCUUGGACUCAAAUGACAAAACGUAUUUACAGAAAUGGCACAGCUUUUCUCCCAGACUCGGGACUUUUAAUGGCAUGUUGCCCUUUAACAUGAAUGUAAUGAUUCAGUAUCUGAAUCAUCAUCUGUUCCCCUGCUGUGGGAGUUGACAUGCUUUGUUGUGUAUUCCCACAGUUUAAAUAUGAGGCUUCUGCUGUCAUUUUAUUUUGAAAAGUAAAAGACCCUCAGAAAUCACUCAAAGGAAGAAGUUUUUUAAAGCACACUAAUUUUUUUCCCUCAGUAAGGUGCAUUUACAGCUUUCAGCUCUUUGAGUGCUUCUGACAGCCACAUGAAUCCAGUCAAACACACCGUACUGUACCAUAAGCUGAUGCAGGCAUGUAAAUGACUCAACUUGGAUAUUAUUAGCUCAUCUUCACUCA